UGGCGAACUGCUCGCGUCUGUAUUGAAGUGACAAAGCGAACAGAAGAGACAGGAGGAAAAAGAGCAAUGACGAAGAGAAAAGUCGGUAAGCGAUGAGCGCUUCGGACAAGGGAGGAAAUACCGGGUGGUAGAGGAGAUAAGAGGAAAAGAAAGGCAAAGCAGAGCCUCCUUCCCAUACAAAGAGCUGCCUGAUGGCCUUUCGCCUGGAGCGGUCCAUUUGAGAAGAGAAGAGCAGAGCAGACACUUCUACACACUGAGCAAUGGCACACAUUAAUCAAGAGGAUCGUAUGGAGGGCGCCCCCAAGGAUUUGCACGUGAAGACAGAGUGCUGCGAAGAAAGUCCUUUCGUUUUUAAAGAGGUGGAGUGUAAGGAGGAGCUCGUUGAAGUUAAAGUGGAAGACCUGGAGGAUUUCUCAGUUUGUCCUGAUCUGCAACACCUUGAAAGCGGGAACGACUUCAAACAGGAGAUUCUUGGAGAAUCCCAGUCCACUUUGCAGCAUUGGGACACCAAUAUGGGACAAGUGUCUGCCCAGCAGAAUUCUGUGGAGCUGAAAUCUGAGUCCUCAGAGUUUGAGGAGAAACUCAAUAAAGGAAACUGGAGAGUUGGAGAAGGGCAUCGUUCACCGGGCAGUGUUGGAACAAAUUUCCUUGAGAAAUGCAGCUCCUCCCUACCUUCAUUUGCUCAGGUGUCUCUUCAGUGUGGACUUCAACACAAUCAGGACAAGGAGAAGACUAAGAACAACUCGACAAGCGGAUCAGAGGAUUUGGACCUGACCCCUGUUGAACUAUCACAGCCAGAAGCCACCAACACUGACCAACAUCAAGCGUAUACUACAGAACUAAAGGAAUUGCACGCCAGCCGAGUGGGUGGGAAUUUUUUAAAAAACAAAUCUAACUGUAAAGAUAACUUGAUUCAUUCAUUUCAUAAUUCAUAUGCCUGUUCUGAUUGUGGCAAACUAUUUCCACACCAAACUAGCCUAUACAGACAUAAAAGAAUUCACACUAGAGAAAAACCCCACUGUUGUGCAGAGUGCGGUAAACGAUUCCCUAGCGACAGUGCUCUGCAGCGGCACACACGUGUUCAUACUGGAGAGAAGCCAUACAGCUGUGCCGAAUGUGGCAAAAGAUUUUCUCAUAAUGGCAGUUUUCGAGAUCAUAAAAAAAUUCACACUGGAGAGAGACCUUACUGCUGCUCCGAAUGUGGGAAAAGAUUCUCACUUGUAGGUAAUUUUUAUAGCCACUUAAGAAUUCACAGUGGAGAAAGGCCUUAUUGUUGUAGUGAAUGUGGCAAACGAUUCAUACAAAGAAGCAGCUUACAGAAUCACAUCAGAACUCACACAAGAGAGAAGCCUCACUGUUGUACUGAAUGUGGCAAGCAAUUCUCCCAAAUAAGCAGUCUUCAGACCCACAUAAGAAUCCACACUGGAGAAAAGCCAUAUAGAUGUUCGGAAUGUGGCAAGCAAUUCUCAAACAGUAGCCAUCUUCAGAGGCACACGCGAUUUCACACUGGAGAAAAGCCAUAUUCCUGUUCUGAGUGCGGCAAACGAUUCUUUCAAAAUGGCAAUCUUCUGGAGCAUGCACGCAUUCAUACAGGGGAGAAGCCAUAUUGCUGUUCAGAAUGUGGCAAACGAUUCUCUAAUCACAGUGGUCUUCAAGGACACAUGCAAGUUCACAGUGGAGAAAGGCCAUAUUCAUGUUCUGAAUGUGGCAAACAGUUCAUUUACCUUAACAGUCUCCGGCGUCAUGCAAAAAUUCAUACUGGAGAGAAGCCAUAUGUCUGUUCUGUAUGUAGCAAGCGAUUCUCUGACAGUAGCUCUCUUCAGCGACAUAAUAGAAUCCACACUGGAGAAAAGCCAUACAGCUGUGCCGAGUGUGGGAAAAGAUUCAACAAAAGAUGCCAUCUUCAGAGCCACACAAGAAUUCACACUGGAGAAAAGCCAUAUGGCUGUUCUGAAUGUGGUAAAAGAUUCACCGAGAGUAGCACCCUUCAGAGGCACAAAAUACUUCAUACUGGAGAGAAGCCGUACUGUUGCUCUGAAUGUGGCAAACGAUUCACCAUCAUUAGCCUUCUUCAGAGCCACACAAGAAUUCAUACUGGGGAGAAGCCGUAUUGCUGCUGUGAAUGUGGCAAAUGCUUUGCUGACAGUCGUGGUCUCCAAAGACAUACAAGACUCCACACUGGCAAAGAGCCAUAUGGCUGUGCUGAAUGUGGCAAAAGAUUCAUCGAAAGUUGCCUUCAUCAGGGUCAUACGAGAAUUCAUAGUGGUGAGAAACCGUUUUGCUGUUCUGAAUGUGGGAAACGACUUUCUGACAUUUACAGUCUCCAAAGGCAUAAAAGAAUGCACACUGGAGAAAAGCUGUAUGGCUGUACUGAAUGUGGAAAACUCUUUACUGACAGUAGCCAUCUUCAGGCACACACACGAAUUCAUACUGGAGAAAAGCCCUUCUGCUGCUCUGAAUGCAGCAAAAGAUUUUCUGACAGUUCCAGUCUGCAAAGACAUACAAGAAUCCAUACGGGAGAAAAACCCUAUGGCUGUGCUGAAUGUGGUAAAAGGUUCACUGUAAGUAGCAGUCUUCAGAAGCACAGAGUCAUUCAUACUGGAGAGAAGCCAUACGGCUGUUCUGAAUGUGACAAACAAUUCUCUAGAAACAGCAGUCUUCAGCGUCACCUAAGAAUUCAUAAAGGGUGCCAACUUAAGGGAGUAGUAAAUGAAGUGGUGCAAGAGAACUCUCGUGACUGAAGAGUGAGGUUUACUCCUGUCUUGUUAGUGAGCACACCAAGAAAUUUAGAGGAAAUGAACCCUGAGAAAAGCCUGAAGGCGAAAGUGCAAUAUUUAAAUUCAGAGGAACAGGCCAGAAGGAUAGAGCGCACAGUUUCAGAGUAGCCGGCAAAAAGGAAUGGAAUUGAAAUCGGGAGAAAGUAAAACCGCACUCGUGUACUUAGGGGGGCUUUCACAUCACCAAGACAGACGGGUAUGUAUGCGAGAGAGAGAGAGUGCGGGGAACUUUUAAAUAAGGUGGGCUGCACCUGAGCACGUCCUGACGAACCGUGUGCGUGCCGACGUGACAGUUUAUUGGAAGACCGCGGGUGACAUAAAGGGCUCGCAGUAUAAAAUCACGGGCCGAACUCCAGGGGUCGCCAUUUGAGCAGGUCUCUGAGCUUAGGUGUAGAUCUGUGCUACUGAUUUGCCUGGCUUAGUAGUAGAGAUAUGUACCGACCUUUGUGCAUAUAGUAGGUACUUAAUUAUUUAUUUAUUUAUUUAUUUUAUUAAUUUUUCAGCCUGUCCUUUGUGAAUUGUCUUAUAGCUGCUGUUGUUUUUUCUUAACUGUUGUUUUGGAAAUCACUGUAAAUAAUAUAAGUAGCACCAGCACUCAUUUUCUUUUGUUUUGGAAGUGUCUUUUAAUUGUAAGUAUUUCUGCAAGACAUUUGUUUGUAAAAUAGUUUAGACGUGGCUGCAAUUAAACAGAAUCCUGUUUUUGAACAGUCUUUUUCAGUCUGAGUCUCUCUUACCCCAUCCUCCUGGUUGCUCAGUCUCAUCUACUGGCACCCCCAAAUCGGGAAUUGUACAACAGUCUCCUUGCCAGGGGUGUCACAGGCUGAUAUGAAUGGAAGAAAAAGUUCACCCAUAAGCAAAAUGUUCAGAAUUACCUAAGAAUCUACGCUGUUCUGCAGUUUUGAUUGGGGCAGAUGAUAUUCCGAUAACAACAGCCUUUGUAAAUGUUCAAAAAUUCAGGCUGAAGAAGAAAAAUAAAAAAAGGCUACUGCUUUAGAUUUGGUAAAGCAGGGGCAGGCAGCGUCGGUCCUGGGGCCUCAUGU